AUGGCUUCUGGAGGAUGCUACUGCGGCGCGGUCCGCUACGAGGUGUCCGGUGAGAGUGGAGGCAGCAUCCUAUGCCACUGUCUCGACUGCCGCAAAAUCACCGGUUCGGCUUAUAGCACCAACGCCGUCUACCCAGAAGAUGGCUUCAAGGUCACCAAGGGGACGCCAAAGCAACACACAGUCAAGAGCGACAGUGGAAACGAGAUCACCUCCAACUUCUGCGGCGACUGUGGCUCGACCAUGUGGCGUCAGGGUCCUUCCUUUGCCGGUAAGCGCAUCGUCAAGGUGGGAACCCUAGACGACACCAAGAUCCUCGACAACCUCAAGAUGGACGCCGAGUUGUUUGUAGGCCACAGGCCCAAGUGGGUCGGCACGCAAGAAGGCGCAGCGCAGAAAACGGGCAUCGACGAAGACGCCCGCUCAACCGAGCACAUUUCAUUCAACUACUACCUCCUCUUCCUCGGUGUACCCGUUGCACUCAUCGCUCUGGUCUGCUUUCACAUAUACCGACACAGAGCCACACAGCGUCAGAACGGUCAGCAGACAGAAGCGAGGUAUGUCGAGGGGUGGCCUCAUAUCCGCAGUCUCGUGCGUGGGACAUAUGGGAUUAACGAUUCUAUUAUUGCAAGGCGACUUGAGGGUCUGAACGAGCAUGUGCCCAAUGUCGAUGUACAUGUUGAGCACGGGCUGAACGAGAACGGAGAAGCGCCACCGCCCUACCAGCCCAAAGUAGAAGAGACAGAGGCAGUGGUUGCGAUAUCUCUUCAGACUCUACAGAUGGACGAGACUGUUCGGCGAGAGACGGUGGGUGAACAUCCGCCACCACAGUACACUGCAGCAGAGCGCACGGCUUCCACUCUCAGCACGGGAGAAGAGGCCACGCAGACAGAGGCAGAAUCUGGCGCGAGGGCAUGA